CAUUCUCUCCAGCCAACGGCGUCGUUGUUGGGGUAGCUACGUAAGCGUCGACAGCUACUGAGCUUAAUGUGCCACGUUUUAUUCUGCACAUGCAACAUGAUAUUGCUUCAGACUGAUUCCAAAACAAGCAGGUGAUGGUGAUUCGCUAAUCAACACAGCAUGCAUGGCGCGAGGGAGCCAGGACCUUGUAAAGAAAAACUCCAAGCUCGAUAGUUUUCUUCAACGUUCUCUUACUGCAGAAACGUACGAUCGUAUUCGUGGCUAUGAGUCCUGCAUAUGUGUAUCUGACAAAGAAAACAAAGCGUUCAAAUUUGUGAUACUCAGCGAUGAGUGGAUCUACCUCACAGAAAAUCCACCAAAGUCUAUUCAAGGUGUUGUUCAUUUCCGUGACGUUGUUUCAGUGGAGCUGAUCAACGACUUCCCGGAGUUUCUGAGCGGCGAGGAGCAGACGAACACACAGCACAUCGCCGUCAAAUUCGUCACGACAGAGCCCCACCGGCGGCGCACGCUGCGAAGAGCUCGGAAGUCUCCGUCAAGUUCCAUCACUGACCUGAACAACGGCACCGACCGCAGCAGCAGCUUGACUCCCCUAGGCUACGCCUCCUCUCUCGAUGGCUCGGAAGACCUGGGCUACUUCACCCAAAGUAUGGUCAGCCUGCCAGGCAGCCGGCCAACCAGCCGAGGGUCGACGGGGUCUCCGCACGAUGGUCGUGGCGGGGUGGGCAAGAAGAAAAAGAAGGCUCUGCCUCUAGGAGACGGCCGUGACCAUGAUAAUAACCUGCUGUCCCUGAAGGAGAACUGGACGAGGACAUCCUGGAGGACAUGGAGGAGGAACAGCAGACGUCUGCCGUGCGGCGCGUGCGUCAGACCCCCUUGGAGGGGCUGCUGGGUGCGAGCGCACUCACAACUAAUAGCAGCAGACCCACACAGUGGUGGCAAGGUGCCAAGUCUGGCCAUUAUUUCUACCCAUGACGAUGCCGGCAUAACCCUGCCCAACGCACCCAGCCGUUCUUCCUCAGUUUUAGGAUCCUUGUCCGGCAUUCAUCCACCAUCCAGGACAGGGACACCAUCGCUUGAAGUUGACAAGUAUGGAAGCCUGCCCUCAGAGCUUUAUGGCUCUGUCAACGGCCUGAACAUGCUUCCUGUGGAUUCAAACCCAGAGCAGCGUCAGACUGUGCUGCACAUCUACAUGCUGAGUUCUUCCUCGCCUAUGAUCAUGCUGCUUCGUGGUGCUUGGCAUAACUACCUCAUUAGAGCCACAUUAGAAUUAGAGUCAACAAAGGAAGCAGAUGGACUUAGUCAUCAUCCCAUACUAAACUCAAAAAGCUCUUACAGAGAGAAGAAUGAAAUGAUAUUCAGCACAGUGAAGCGGCAACUUUCAGAGCCUGGAAACUCUAUGGAAAGUUAUUUCCAGCUUUUCACAGAUCUGAAGCAGGCCACAGAAACAAAUUUCCUUUUGAAAAGACUCUUUUGGCGGAGUGAAGAAAUCUUUGCUUUGAUGGUGCAGCAGUUACAGCAAUACAUGCCAAAUUCUAAAGCAAAUCUUCAAACAGAAGAUGGCCGUGGUCAGCGGAUAGAUGAACUUGACUUCUCCAUACUGAUCAUCAGUACACUAAGCCUGAUGUUCAGAGAGUCAGAAAUUGUGCCUGUUCGAUUGCAAACCCUGAAGGGUGAAAGGUGCAGGCAUGUUAUUGACCUACUAGUGACCUUGACAUCACCACCCAUGGAGCAUGAGAAGAAGUUCCAGCUGAUAAAACACUGGUCGGCUCCUCCCAAAACUACUCACCUGGGCCUCAGAGAAGGAUCAACUAAAGAUAACGAGUUGUCCCAGCUUUAUGCCGAAUAUAUCCGUGUUUCCAUCACAGCUGUUUUUGAACUUUUUCUGGUGGCUAAACAGAGCCAGACAGAAGUGGGCCAUGGUUUCUUACUGUCUCAAGGCUGGAUGGUCCGAGUCAUAGAUGAAGCUAAAAACAUGGAGCAGUUUGUUGAGCGAGUUAUGGGGCAGGUACUCGCAAUAAUCAACCUUGCACGCCAUGGGAGUGUGUCCGGUGAGCAGGCUGUUCAACUGUACCAGCAGUUCACCAUUCUGAUGAGCAUCCUUGAGUACAGUCCUCAAAUCCUGACUUUCCUUCACAGUCACUAUCAUGAGGAGUUUAAGUAUUUCAUCAAGGGCCCUGUAUUAGCAAGAAAAAUCCCAACUAGCUAUCCUAUAGCUGCAGCUACUGUCCAUGUGGUUGGGCAGGUAUCUUCCAAAGUUUUGUCUGAUGCAAGCAGCAGGGCAUCUAAAACUCAGUGGUGAUGGCAUGGUUGCAAGACUUUCUGCAUCAACAGAUUUCCUGUGGACUUGAUUCUCUCUAGGAGAAAAGAUUCUAGUGCUGGUAAUAUGUGUUUAAGGAGUUAGGAUAAAGCCGAUCUCUUGGGGAAUGCACCGACAACUUCAUGUCUUCUUGUUUACCUCUUUCGAUUCUUAUUUCUGACAGAAUUUCACUUAAAAACUCAGCAGAUGUUAUUUUGCUUUUAUGUAAGUUGCACAGACUAUGUUGAGUGCCUUUCUUAAUAUCAUUUUGUUUUCAAAAUGCAUACUCAUGGGUACAUAAGCAAUGUUAGCUGUUGAUGAAUUUAGCAGUAUAGCCCAAAGACUAAAUAUUUUAACGACUUCAUUAGAAAUAUUUAUUCUGAAUUUCUUCAUGUCAUUUGCUUUUCCUUGUCAUAUCAUCAUGAAGUUUUUCAGGCUGUUGCUUGACAAAGAGAUGCCAAUGUCAAAACUAUUGUAGUCUGAUUUCAAGAUCUCUUUUAAUAUGCAUGCUUUUGAUGAUUGUUAUAAAUGUGAAUGUUUGCUAACACAGUUCAAGGUUUUAACUUGGAACUUACAUAUAUAUUUAGCUAGCUUGCUCAGUUUUUAAGAGCAUGGCAAUGGAAUUUACAUAUUUUGAACAAUUUAUGAGUGGCGGUAUUUUUUAACAAAAAUUACAUGGUUCUUUUUACAAAACAAGGAUGUUUUUUCUGAAUGCCUUAAAAUGUCCUCACUGUACAGCUUCAUACAAUUAUCAUAAAGUUAUAUUAUCAUCCUCAGUACAACUAUCACCAUGGGACUACACAAAAAGUAAUGCCACAUCAUUUUCUGUUAUUAGCAACCUUGUUGACAUAGACAUCUAGCUGCAAACCAUCACAAGAUAUCUAAAAUUAAAAUAUGCAACAUAUAUAACAUUAAUGUAAAGAAGUGUGUUAUACUCAAACACCAGCAUCAACAUUGUUAAGUCUGUAUGUACCUUUUUCAUUGUAGUCUCAUGCUUUAUUGCAUUGAUAUGUAUAUAUGUAAUGUGCUCAUACAAAAUUUAACAUGUGUAGUGUGUAACAUGGUUUUUAGACCUCUUGUAGUUUUUCAAAUAUGUCAUGU